AUGGCUUCCAAAUCUUCAGCCUCGCCAGUAUUUCUCAUUUCGGUCAUUUUGGCUCUUGUGGUUGGCAUCAACGGCGGAGAAAUUACUGUCUAUUGGGGUCAGAAUGGCGGCGAAGACAGUUUAGCUGACACUUGUGCCUCCGGAAACUACGACAUUGUGAACCUAGCUUAUCUCGAUGUCUUCGGCAAUGGCCAGGCUCCUGUAUUAAACCUCGCUGGCCACUGCGAUCCUCCCAGCGGAGGAUGUACCGGCUUGAGCUCCGACAUCAAUUCUUGCCAAGCUAGGGGAGUCAAGGUGAUGCUCUCGAUCGGAGGAAGCUCGGGAAGUUACUAUCUCGCUUCCGCCGAGGAUGCUAAAGAGGUUGCGACUUAUCUAUGGAACAACUUUCUAGGAGGCCAGUCCUCAUCUCGGCCGCUUGGGGAUGCAGUGCUCGACGGCAUCGAUUUCGACAUCGUAAAAGGCACGGAUCAACACUGGGAUGAUCUGGCUACGUACUUGUCUGCACAUAGCAGCAGUGGGAAGAAGGUGUACUUGGCUGCAGCCCCUCAAUGUCCUUACCCAGAUGCUUGGCUUGCAGUUGCCCUUCAAACAGGCUUAUUCGACUACGUUUGGGUCCAAUUUUUCAACAAUCCUCCAUGCGAGUACAAUUCUGGGAACAUCACUAAUCUCCAAAAUGCAUGGAAUCAAUGGACUUCAAAUACCGCCGGUAAAAUCUUUUUGGGAUUGGCCGCAUCUUUGGAUGCAGCUAACAAUGGUUUCAUUCCUGCGUCGGACCUUAUUUCCAAAGUAUUGCCCGCCAUUAAAGGAUCUGCCAACUAUGGGGGCGUGAUGUUGUGGUCCAAAUAUUAUGAUGAUGGAUACAGCUCUUCCAUCGAGGAAUACGUCCGAGGGUGAAUUUUACCUUUAAUA